CUCUGGACAUCAAUCGGAACGACCAUGGAAGCCGAAGUCUACACGCCGCUUCCCCCGCAGCCUGAAUUCGGCCGCCAGAUAGCGUACUCUAGGUUGCUUCUCCUGUACCCUGGCGAAGGAGGGGACUCCUUGUGCUGCAGCCUUCAAGUUGUCGAUAUUGAAAACGCACCAUGGGAAUUCGAGGCCCUGUCCUAUGUCUGGGGGACGGAGAAGAGCGAGGUUACUCUUCUCUGCAGCAAUGACAACCAUGAGAUUCUCGGUGAAUUGGAGAUCACGAAGAACCUUGAGCGCGCAUUGAGGAGCCUUCGAUUACCAACCCUGCCCAGGAGACUUUGGAUCGAUGCAGUAUGCAUCAAUCAGAAGGACCUUGCAGAGCGCGCCCGACAAGUCGGAUACAUGCGGUCCGUAUACAAACAUGCCGCUAGAGUUGUCGUUUGGCUUGGCGAAAAGAGCCAAAUGGUUCGCAGAGCUUUUUCCUUGGCUCAAGAACUGGCCCCCGUGGUAGCAGAAAUCUUUGCCUCAGACCCGUCCAGACCGGCCGAACAGCAGUGGAGUUUCGCCCGUUCUAUUCUUCUGGACGCUUUCAAUUCUCGCGCCGACGAUGCCACGGCCCUAAGCGACUUGCUGAAGAGAGACUACUUCGAGCGUGUUUGGUGUAUUCAGGAGGUCACCGCUGCGCGAAAUUGUGUCUGCAAGUGUGAAGACCUUGAGAUGCAGUUCAACUGCUUGCUGCUCCUCGUCCCGAUCGUCAUCGAGUGGCGUGGACUUGAUUUUGAACAGUCUGGUCUGCAGAUUUGGCAACUUGUUUUUCGAAGAAAAUUUGAGGACGAGGGGAGCAGAGCGAGACUCAAUCCGGAGGGGUCGCUUGGCCCUCUUUUGCUAGUGUUAAUGAUUGUGCGGAAUUUGAGAGCAACAAACCCACGGGACCGUAUCUUUGCUCUCUUGGGCUGCACGGACGAAGGAUUGGAGCCUGUUUUGGGUAUUGCAAAUACCUUUGCCGGAAAUCAACGCUCUGCCAUGACCUCCUUGCUUCAGAGGGGCGCUAUAUGGCUGGCGGAUCAACUUAAUUCUCUCGGUCCAGGUUUAGACGUUAUGCGUCAUCCAGCACUGAAGCCAAAUUACGAAAGGAGUGUUGCUAGUAUAUACCGUGACUUUGCUCGAUAUUGUAUUCGUCGAUCACCUCGCGUGCUGGACGUUCUCUCUCAUGUCCAACACUACGACGAGCCCGGGCUAGAUGAGUUUCCCAGCUGGAUUGCGAAGUUCUACGAGCCACGUCUGGCAUCCUUUCUGCCCUUGGAUAUGUACAUGGCCGGGAUUCCUACCACAGGCCAUUAUCGCUAUUUCGCAGAGGUGCAUGACAAUCCUUUGUGGUCAGACAGUGCACAAUCCUCCCAAGUGUCUGAGCCGGACGUACUGCAGGCGGAUGGUUUUCGGGUAGAUAUAGUGGAAAAAGUCUCCCCGGUGGUCACGAAGGACUUGUUUACUGAUAAUAUGCUAGCUGAAAUCUGGAGUGGGCUAUUCGACACUUCUCUCUUCCCAAGGCAAGCGCUUCCAUAUGAAAGGUCAAACGAGCUUCUGGACGUUGCGUUCUUUAUGACUCUCAUGGCUGGAGGAGCAGUGAAUGGCCUCGAUGCGCGCAAUGACGGCGUCGAAAUGUCAUCACAAAGAUCAGAAGCCAUGCAGCAGAUCAUUAAAGUGGCCAAAAGCGACUUAUAUCUAUGGCUGACGACGCAACCUAAUAUUGACAUCUCUACAUAUCAAGAUCUCGUCGAUGAGUCAUUCGGUGCAAAUAUAGCCAAGCAGGGUCGUUUCGAAAAAUCAGCUCUCGUGUACUCGGUGAAUCGAAGAGUCUACUGGACCAGAUCAGGCAUUCUGGGGCUCGGACCCAAAGUCAUGAAAGCAGGGGACCAUGUCGUGGCAUUGCUCGGGGGCAAGUGCCCAUACAUACUACGAGAACAUACGGGUGAGUGGCACUUCAUUGGCGAAACUUAUGUCCGUCAUGACGCAUUGAUGAUGGGGGACGAGGUGACCGAAGUAAGAUCAUCUCGCGGGAAAAGUCGUAUUGAAACUUUUCGGCUGAAGUAGUUCGGUGAUGAUACUCAUGACGUUUCGCCAUAAUGAACCGACUUUUUUAAGUCUUGUCAAACUUGGUAUUACAUUCGCUGACCUGGAGUUUGGCGCUCAAUUGAGAAAAGGAAGUCUAUUCAGGAUUUUCAUUAGACCUCAACAACGGGUUUGAUGAAAGUGACCCUGUGUAAUGUCCCAAGCCCACGACUGGAAAUCAUUGACUUGAGACACACACAGUCGCACCUCAGGCGAAAUCAAGGCUGCUACUUGGAUGACUUAAUGCUCAGAGAACAUUUCGUUUUGUAUUGUGCCUCCAAAUUUGACCGGACAGUGCAAACAAAUCAGAAUACUAGUCUUAAAUUUUCU